GCAAGACUUCAUCUUGACAAGAUGCAAAUAUAUAUAAAUAAAAACAGCAUGAUCCUUACAAGCUAAUCUGCUCCCUCCUGGUUCAGUUGAGACUUGCAAUUCAAGAAGAGUGAGGAUUGUUGCCCAGAUAGGAGGCCAAGAACGUCUGAAAUUAUUUCUGUAGAUCAGCUUAGCCUUUUCUGUGAGUCAGCUCCCAAACCCAGAUUUGAACCUAUCACUUCAAGUAUAAUCUGUUUUACCAUAAUACAUUAGAUUUGUCAAUAUCCUGUAGCUUCCCCAGAAAGAAAUUGAUCCUCCUUCAAUUUGGUUUGUUACUGUACAUAUCAUUUUACAGGACAUGGGGAGGAGAAGAAGGUGCAGGAGAUCAAAAGCAUGGAGAGGGUUCAAGGGAGACAAAGAGGAAAACAAGAAAGGUGGAGUCUUAACCAUGUUAAAGCCUUUACACAUUUAAACAUUUAACAUGCUUAAAGUUUUAAUUGUGGAUAAAAGACUUCCCCUCCACCAUCCAUUGACCUCUUUCUCAGUGCCAUGGAUCUUUUUUUCUCUCCCUCCCCAAAACUUAUUAUGGACUCAAAGUCUCUAGUAGGGGAGCCCUACUUUGGUGGGCCUCUUGAGAGCUAUCGGAGUGUAUAGAUUCUUGGGACCUGAUUUUAAUUUACAUCAAGGCUGCUUUACACCACAUUGGCAGAAUAAAAGGGCUUUAAAGUGGAAGUCCAUUUUAAGGUCUCUACAUUGCCAGGUGAGAACAUUAUUCUGAUUUAUGCAGCGUAAAAUGGAUAUAAUAAUCUUUCAUUUUAUUCUGACAGAGUUCUACAAAAAGAGAAAAUUUCCCCACCAAAAUGAAACCUCUUACAAAUUUUAAUGUUGCAAGUGUGUUUCAAUGGAGUCCUACUAACACCUAAAAAUGUAAAAUUUCUGUAAAGAAAUUAACACCUUUUUAAAAAAAAAGUUUCAGUGUAAGAAAUCUCUCAACCUUCAAACAAGCUUGUGGGUGAUGUCAUUAGAUGUUUGACUGCAUCUGUGUGCGUUUUUUUCAGAGUGCUGUCCCAGCUCUGCACAAAUAGUUGGCACAGCAGACCUUGAUCAAACUGCCCAAUAACCACAGCAAAGAAACUUGGUCAGGUUUAUUAACGAAGCAUGGUCCUAAUGCCCUGGCUCAAUGGUUACAGGUACACUAACACAUGUAUGCCCGUUGCAAUGGAGUAGCUCAGUUAGUGGCAGGACUUUCCCUUAUCCCCUAGGCCAGCCAAAGACACUCCCUCUGAGACUUCAUUUUAUAUCCCAAUACAAACAAGUUGCAUGUUGCCCCUCUGACAGUUACUGCCCCCUGACAUGGGUUGUUACUACCCAUUAUCUUGCACAUGUUGGUUUGAUCAAAACAUCUCUAUCCAUCAUUCUGUCAUCCUGACCUUAUCUUUAGGAUGGGUCAACAUGUUCCUGUUAUCUUUAGGGAAUGUACUGAUAUUGAAGUGUUCUGGUACCACCCUUCUGGAAUGUGUUUACUUGAGUGCUUUGUGCCUACCACCUCCUAGCAAUGUGUGUUUUUGCAAUAUCAGCUGUGUUCUUGCCAGAUUCUGUGAGCAGGGCCUUCCUCUUGCUCACAACUUGAUUUUGCUAUGUCAGCAAAGCUUUAACCACUACUGUAGAUCAGGCCUCUGAUACAAGGGCUUAUGUCUCAGACUCUCUUCCUAGUACAGGUGAAAGAAGUGAUCAACAUGUGCCAGAAAUUACAUAAAAUGUGGAACACCUUUAUUUUGUUGCACAUGCUAUAACUGACAAAUUAUAACUAUUUUUUAAAAUGUAUAACUUGUUUUUAAGGAUAUAUUCUCAGUUAAAUAAACCAGUUGACUUUUUUUUGUUAAAGAGAUUUUAUAAAAACAAAAAGCAAGAAAACCAAAUAUGCAACCAAAAAGAUCUUUAAAUGGGCUAUCAGUAAAAUUUGAAUGCUGGGUCUUCAGUUCCCCAUCAGAAACCAUGACUAUUUGCAUGAAGGGCAUAACUGCUGUCCUCUAUAUGGACCAGUUACUAAAGGGGAACUUGACAUACUUUGCUAUUGAGUUACACAACUAUUUUCCCGAUAUCACUAGAAUUUUUGAGAUUAGGAAUCUUCGGAUCAGUUCCUGGCUCUGGAAGAGGCUAUGAUCUGGAGGUUGGCAGUGGUAUAUGGUCCAGUGGUUUCAGACAAUAGAUCAAGGAUAAGAAAUUUUGUGGUUUUUUUUUGUUUGUUUUGUACUGAAAGUCUGUGACAAAAUAGAUAAGGUUAUAUGUUAUAUCUUAGCUCAGUUACCUGUCACUUUUCCCCCCACCCCCGCUCAUUUCUGCAAGCGCAGAGCUGCCCAGCUGAAGAAGGCUGUGUCUCGGCUCCGCUGACUCUGCAGCUGAACGACGUCUCCUGGGUCCUAGCGCCAGUUGUUCUCCCCUUCUGUUUUCUGUGCAAAAUUCCAGCCCCAAGUCCUGCGUUUUUUACCUGGAAAACCCUGUAGCCCCCAGACUGUAGGGGCUGAAUAAAUUGCUUGACUGUUAACCCCUCCUUGUUGAAGCUGCUGUGCAACACAGAGCUCAGAGGCCUAAUGAGCAUUCCUGGAAAUCGCAUACUCUCCGGGCACUGUGUGAAACAGCGACGCUACCAAAUCUUAAGAGCGCGAGUGUUGCAAACCCCUUUGCAACAGCUCUCUCUUUCCGGCAGUGCUCAGCUGGCUUGCAGCAUGCUAGACCCUGAGGGCAGUGUGGAGCACAGGGCUUCUUCCUCCUUCUCCAGAGUUUUUUUCAUCCCUCUAGCCAUGGUCCUUGCUGUAGCAACGCUGCUUUUCUUAGCAUUCGCCGCCUCGCAGCAGAAAGAGAACGAUUUUUAUACAUUUAAAAUGGUAAACAUCAGGGGCAAGCUAGUCUCUCUGGAGAAAUACAGAGGCUCGGUAUCUCUUGUCGUCAAUGUUGCAAGUGAGUGCGGAUUUACAGACAGCCACUACAAAGCUCUACAACAGUUACAGAGAGACCUUGGCUCACAACAUUUUAAUGUGCUGGCAUUCCCAUGUAAUCAAUUUGGGCAGCAAGAGCCAGACAGUAACAAAGAAAUUGAGAGCUUUGCCCGAAAGACUUAUGGUGCCACCUUUCCUAUGUUCAGCAAAAUUGCAGUCACAGGUGCUGGUGCUAAUGCUGCCUUCAAAUAUUUAAUUGAAUCCACAGGAGAAGAACCAACCUGGAACUUCUGGAAGUACCUGGUAGCCCCUAAUGGGAAAGUAGUAAAGGCUUGGGACUCAACUGUCACUAUUCAAGAAAUAAAACCUUACAUCACUGAGCUUUUGAGGAAAAUCCUCCUGAAACAGAAAGAUGAACUGUGACUUUCAAAAGUCCUAUCAUGUCUAUUAUACCUUGAUUGAUAAUUAGAACUGUAAUUUGACCAUUCGCAUUCCAAAAGAGGAAAUAGAGGGACAGGAAAUCAUGAUGACUAUUUGAAGUUUUCCCCAUCAUCCUAAGAAUACAGGAAACAAUAACUGAAUGUGGUAAAAGGUGAUUUAACCUAGGCUUGUGCUAUCAUUCUAAAGUGAUUGAGCUGAAUAUAUGCCUUCUUGGAAAGAAAAUCAGCCAUUUGUUUAUCUCACUAUCUCAAAUCAUCAAUUGUUGAUAUUAUGAAGAGCCAGUUAGGAUUUUUUUGGCAGCCAGGAUCAGUUCAGCUAGAAUUUCCUUAGAGAGACCUUACUAGCAACUGCAAUUCAUUUGUCAUGAUUUUGACCAUGAAUUUCAUUUAAAAAUGCAACCCAAAGUAGAACAGUGCACUUGGUGUAGUGUGGACACAGUUAUAAGGGGCAGGCAAAAAUAGGUUUCCUCAAAGCAGAUACACUUAUAAUAAUAUGUGUCUGCUUAGUUAUAAAGGACAGACACUUCACUCUCUAUUUGUGUCAUGGGUAACUGGGGGAGAAGGGCAUGGGGAGGCCUCAUCUAUAGAACUGAAAUAAAAGACAAAAUUUCCUACAAAAACGUUCUCCAUAAGUUGUGUGAACUGUCUUUAAAUUCUUUGUUUAAAAAAGGGUUGCUGAGUGACAUUAAUUACACAGACUGUACUAAUUUGAACAUCUACAGGACCAGAUUCUCCUCUGGGUAAAUCAGUGUAGCAACACUGAAAUCAGUGAGUUAAGCUGAUUUAUCCCAGCUGAGAAUCUGCUCCUACUGUUAGGUUUCUUUUUUCAAAAUGUUUGUAUUGUGCUUCAUAUUUUGAGGUUUUGGGAGAAAGAACAAUACUCAUUUUGAGUCAGAGUUAAGGUGGCUGUGGUUGAGUUAAGAUUUUGAAAUCUGCUGGCACCAUAUGAAUAAUGUGUUUUUUUUGUGGGCAAUAUAAGAUAAAUUAUGUCUUUGAUUAUUCACUUUUAAGUGCUUAGUUUUGAUAAAUGAUGUGAUAGCCAAGUCCUCUAUCACCCAGCAUCUUUAAUUAUUUUUUACAAGUAGCCAAAUGAAAGACAGCAUUUUUAAACUUUUAAAUAAAUGGGAUAGGACAGAUUAUUAAAUUAAAGGAAUGAGUGGUGCUGUCCAAGUUUAAUGGCUUCUGUAGAGUCCUGCUUCAUUCAAAGCACACCUGACAAAGGCACAUACAUUUACCAUAUAGCUAAGUUAGCCAAACAUGCCUAGCACAGGCUACCGCCUUGAAAACUGCUCAAAGAGUUAGAUCCUUGUCAGACAAAGGACUAGAAUCCACAUACUUAUGGCACUAAAUGCUUACUUCACCAGGGCACAGUGGUUCCAAGCCAAGUUACUGAACCUCUCAAAACCAUAGUUACCUGUUCUAAAAAUACAUGGCUAAUAAUAAUGGUUUGGCCCUACCUGAGUGCUGGUGUAAUUUAGAGCAGCCUUGGGGCUGCUCUGAUGUUUGAUCUGCUUCCCCACGUCCCCUGUGGAACCUGGGAAGCAGAGACUAGCCAUAUAAAUAUAGAAACAUGUUCUCAAUGUACCCGGUUGCACACACUAAAUAAAUAAAUAAAUGUACCUUGUACUCUUGGCAGGUGGUUGUGAUGGUGUUGUGUGUGGGGCGGAAGGAGGAUUAGAGCCAGCCUGGCAUAAUCUGUGCCAGCUGGUGAGGCUCUUUAUGUAGGAUAUAGUCAACUCUUGGAUCAGCCAAAUAAACAAAUUAUCCUAGGUGAAACUCAAAGCACUUUACAAAGGUGGAUAAAUAUAAUUAUCCUCAUUUGGCAGACGGGUAAAUAAGAUGGGAGCAACAAAGAGGACAGGGAAUUUGCCCUAAAUAAUACAGUAGAGGCAGGAAUACAACACAAGGGGGCAAAUUCUCAACUGGAUCUGAGCUCUAGUCAGACACAUUGAGGCGGGGCCAAUAAAAUAGUGGUGGUGGCUCCGUGAUUCCAGGCCACCUGGCCUCAGCACACAUUAGCGCUGGAAGAGAGCAAUCUAACUUAAGCUCGUGAAGGAUCAAACAAUGCAGCUCUGCUGUGUCAUGCAUGCCCUUCCCCUAGAAUGCCUCUAACCUAACUCUUUCCCCCUAUGCGUGGUGGUUGAGGGGUGGGGAGUGGAAGUUACAAGAGGAGGCUAAACUUUCUUUGCUGACUUUACACUGGUGGAGAGAUCCCCUGCCCAAGGGUAAUUGUACACUAGCCAUUUCCAGCCUGGAAAAUCUGACCAAAGUUGAUUAACUGCCAGUCUACUGCCUUAUCCAUUAGGCCAUGCUGCCUUUUGUCAGAGUGUCAGAGAUACCUGAACACAAAGAAGUACUCUGAUAGUUAAUCCCAGGAAAGGGAACAUUCUGGGGAUCACUAUAUUUUAGGUGAGGAGAUUUGUGAUUUACAGUAUGAGAGACAAAUACAGCUAGAUGGGUUUUAAGAUACUGCUGGAGAAUGCCUUCUUUCUCACCCCUCUUCUUAGGAGGUGCACUUGCUAAAAUUCUCUCCAAAAUUAGACUAACAGCGCUCACAAAAGGACACUGUUGCUCUGCAUGAUAUUAGGUCACUUGGUUUCCAAGGAUGGUGUGACAGUGGCAGAGGAAAAAACUGGUACUCCAGAAUAAUAUAAAAGACUAAAGUGCAAUCAUUUGCAGAACAGAAAAGAGGGGCACUUUUCUGGUGCCAACAUGUGCAAAUCCAACUUUGUAAAACUGUUAGCUUUUCCCAGAAAGGGAUAAAAGAAAUCUUAGUUUCCUUGCAAUUAUAAUUUUAGUUAAGUGAUAAACCAUGACGGGGAGUGGUUACUCUGAUAACAAGCAGCCCAAUGCUCAUUUCUUUCUUUUCCUCAGAGGUGUGACUCUUUCAGCAUAAAUUAAUUAUACUUUAUUUGGGGAAUGAUUAUUGCAGAUGAACUCUGUAAUCCACACACUGUUCAUCCGGUCCUUAUAAACAGAUAUGCCACAGACUGCUCCUGAGAUCCAUGGACUUGUAAAUUGGAUGGUAAUUCCAAGUUUAAAUUAUAAUCACUUUUUCUUGUCCUUAAUUAGUCAUACCAUUCAUUUUCAUGGUUUAUAUUACCAUAUGCAUGCCAGGUACUUUACAAAUAUAUCAAUAAAUAAGUUGCCACUAGAGCAGAAGAAAUGGUUCUUCUGUCCUGCAGGAGUUUUCUGGGUUUUUCUCAAAAUUGUUUGUGAACCAAUAAUCCUAAUAUCUAUCUAUCUAUCUAUCUAUCUGGAUCAAGUCAGUCAAAACAUUUU